AGCACACUGAGGCGAGAAAAGAAGGCAUGAAAACGGAGGAGAGUCCACAGUCGUGUCUGCAACAACCUCCGUCUUCCACACCUUUUGUUGGUCCAGAGUACCCGGGCGGCGGCGCAGGGGACGUGUGCGCGGGGGAAGUGUGCGCAGGUUGCGACUCUCCCAUCGCCGACCGCUUCCUGCUGCGCGUCAACGAGCGCUCCUGGCACGAGACGUGCGUGAAGUGCGCCGUGUGUCUGAGCGCGCUCACCGGGACCUGCUACUGCCGGGACCGCCUGCUCUACUGCAAGCCCGACUAUGAGAAGCUGUUUGUGAGGAAGUGCAGCGCCUGCCUGCAGGGGAUCGGCCGCUCGGAGCUGAUCAUGCGCGUGCUGGGCCAGGUGUACCACCUGGGCUGCUUCAGCUGCUGCGAGUGCGAGCGCCGGCUGCAGCGGGGCGACGAGUUUGUGCUGAAGGAAGGCCAGCUGCUGUGCCGCAUGGACUACGAGAAGGAGAGGGAGAUGCUGGCCGCCAUCAGCCCAGCACCCACCGAAUCAGUCAAAAGCGAGGACGAGGACGGCGGCGGCGUGGGCUCGGGCGGGGGCAAAGGUGGCGACGAAGGCAAGGAGCACAAGCGCUCGAAGCGGCCGCGCACCAUCUUGACCACGCAGCAGCGCCGCGCUUUCAAGGCCUCCUUCGAGGUGUCCGCCAAACCCUGCCGUAAAGUGAGGGAGACGCUGGCGGCCGAGACCGGGCUCACGGUGCGGGUUGUGCAGGUGUGGUUUCAAAACCAGAGGGCCAAGAUGAAGAAGAUCGCCCGCAGGCAGCAGCAGCAGCAACAGCAGCAGCAGGAACAGGAACAGCUGGAUGGCUCCAGCAGUCAUGGCAUGGACGGCAUGCUGGGGUACGCUCCCCUGCCCAGACAGCAGCUCCUCACCUUGGACCCCAACAUCUAUGGAGGGGAGCCAUUCAGACACGGCCUUACUCCGCCCCAGCUGAACAACGAGGGGCUCCAUCCCUAUGACUCCGAGGCGGUGUUCCACGACCUGGACAGCGACGGAAGCCUGGGUCACCUGGGCGACUGUCUCCUGGCCAGCGGGGAGGGCGGCCUCCUGGCGGGGCGAGUGGGGAACCCCAUCGACCGGCUCUACUCCAUGCAAAACUCCUAUUUCACCUCCUGACCUCCACCAAGUGCCCGCCUGCAACACCUCACACAUGCAGCUGGCGGACGUGUGUCCCUCGACAUGCCUGACGGGAAAGAAAAAAACAAGACCCGACCAAAGUCAAGGAGAGAUUAGUUGCCCUCGUCCCCUCCUGGACCACGACCCAACUUUGCUGGAACCAGAGACGCUUUUCUUUUGACCUGUGGAAGAAAACGUUGCACUUUCAAGAAGACACGCCAAACAUGCAGAUUCAUAAAAACAACAUAGAUGAUCUUUGAUUAGUGUUUUUGCAGGUAGGGCCUCGUAUAGAGGAUCUUUGAGUUAGGCAGAAAAUUGUAAAAAACAGAAGAGUUCUCCUGUCAUAUAAAAUAUAUUUGAUUAACGUUAUUGACAGGUUGUAAAAACAGCAGAGCGCUCCUGUCGUCUAAAGGAUCUUUGAUUCGUGUUAUUGGCAGAUUUUUUGAAAACAGCAGAGCGCUCCUGUCGUCUAAAGGAUCUCCGAUUUGUGUUACUGGCAGGUUUUUGAAAACAGCUGAGCGCUCUUGUCGUUUAAAGAAUCUUUGACUCGCAUUAUUGGCAGGUUUUUGAAAACAGCUGAGCGCUAGUGUUGUCUAAACAAUCUUUGAUUCGCGUUAUUGGCAGAUUUUUUAAAACAACAGAGCGCUCCUGUCGUCUAAACAAUCUUUGAUUCACGUUAUUGGCAGAUUUUUGAAAACAGCAGAGCGCUCCUGUCGCUUAAAGGAUCUUUGACUCGCGUUAUUGGCAGGUUUUUGAAAACAGCAGACCGCUCCUGUCGUUUAAAGGAUCUUUGACUUGCGUUAUUGGCAGAUUUUUUAAAACAACAGAGCGCUCCUGUCGUCUAAACAAUCUUUGAUUCACGUUAUUGGCAGAUUUUUGAAAACAGCAGAGCGCUCCUGUCGCUUAAAGGAUCUUUGACUCGCGUUAUUGGCAGGUUUUUGAAAACAGCAGAGCGCUCCUGUCGUUUAAAGGAUCUUUGACUUGCGUUAUUGGCAGAUUUUUUAAAACAACAGAGCGCUCCUGUCGUGUAAACAAUCUUUGAUUCACGUUAUUGGCAGAUUUUUGAAAACAGCAGAGUGCUCCUGUCGUCUAAAGGAUCUCCGACGAGCAUUAUUGGCAGGUUUUUGAAAACAACAGAGUGCUCCUG